AUGGCCCGGAACAUGCGCGGCGGGGGUGUCAUCGACAGUGGUAACUCUGCGAGCUUCGACUUUGACAAUGAGUUCACCAACGAAGUGAACAACGCCAACAUUGAUGACCAUUCACUCGAUGUUCAUGAGAACACCAAUAUUGUGACACCUCCACCUCAUCCUCAUGGACAUGGCGGACACGGACCCGAGCAUAAACGCCGGGACGAGGAAGAGCCACACGGACGAACGAUUGACACUGGUAACGAUGCAGACUUCGAUUUCACAAACGAAUUUCACAAUGAGGUGAACAACUACAAUGAGGACAACCACUCAGUCGACGUGGCCAAGAAUACAAACGUUCACGUCGCACCCCCUCACGGCGGUCCUCAUGAGUCGCAUGGCCACGAUGGUCAAGAGGGCCACCACAAACGUGCGUAUCGACCAGACGCCGACUCGGCUGCUGAACCUGGUAAGGUGGACACUGGGAACACAGCCAACACGCAAGUCUCGAACUCGGUUGACUCGAAGACCAGUUCCGCGAAUAUUGAUGACCACUCGGUUAAGGUGCACUCUGACGUCAACGAAACCGUUGGUGCACCUCACCAUCAUGAGCACCAUGAGGGUGGGCAUGAAGAGCCUGGCGAGAAUCAUGAGGAGGAACCGUCAGAGCCUGCUGAAGAUGAUCAGGAAGAACCGUCAGAGCCUGCUGACCAUCAAGGGGAACCUUCGAAGCCGGUGGAACAUCAACCCGCCCAGCCGGUGGAACACCCUCAGGAGGAGCAUAAGGAGCCUGUUCCUACGUGCACCACCUUGACUCGCGAAGUGGUGCACACCGUUGUCCGCACUUUGCAGGGCCACUCUGAGGCCACACACGCUCCGCAGCAGCCGGCGGAGGUGAACACUCCCGCUGCUCAACCUGAGGAACCCAAGGAACAUGGAGAAUCCGGACAUGGCGACCCCAGCCAUCAAGCGGAGACCCCCAAGCCGACAGGUUCUGAUGGCUCUCACCAGGAGGAAUCCGGACAUGAUGACCACAGCCCCAAGGAGACCCCCAAGCCCACCGGCGCUGAUGGCUCUCACCAGGAGGACUCGGGACAUGCUGAGCCCAGCCAUGCAGCGGAGAGCCCCAAGCCCACUGGCGUUGAUGGCUCUCACCAGGAAGAAUCCGGAGACGAUGACCACAGCCCCAAGGACAGUCCCAAGUCCACCGGUGAUGAUGGCUCUCCCCACGGAGAAUCUGGACAUGAUCAAGGCAACGAAGUAGAAGACCCCAAGCCCACCGGCGUUGAUGCCUCCCACCAUGAACAAUAUCCCUCCUCUCAUGAAGAGGCUCAAAGCAGUAAUGCUUAUGGGCCCGCUUCUACUCCUGCCCAUGGACAGCCUCAGCAGGGCGGCGACGACGACUCCCACUUCGAUGUGCCAUCCUCCACAACGCUGGCUCACAUCGCCAUUACGCCUACCCCUACCCACGCUCCUUCCCACCUGCACGGAGUUCUGACCUCCACAGAGACCGUUUCUCGAUCCUCCGUCCACGUGGUGCCCAUUUACGUGCCCUCCAACAGCGGUGCGCAUGUUGCUGAGACUCCUGGCGCCACACCAUCUGCGCACGUCCCGAUCGGCGUCGAUGCGGAGCACAGCUCUCACGUCCCACAAGGACCUGCUACACCCUCUCCCUCUCAUCACGAGGUCAUGUUCCAGGGUGGUGCUGCGAGCCUGUCACCUAGCGCUGGUGUCAUUUCUCUCGCUUGUGGAGUGAUCGGUCUCUUGGCCUAUGUGUUGUAG